CGCUCGAUUCACACCAAUUCACACGUGUGUCGUGUCGCCGCCGCAGUGAAAAGACGCUCAAAUUUUCGAUUUUAACAUUCCUUUUCGUCUCUUUCAUUUAACUUUUACGUUCAAAAUGUUAGGUCUCGCUCAGCUUGCCAAGGCACGUUCGUCCCUUCUGAAGCAAUUUGUCCAGCCCGCUCGCUUGCUGGCCACUGAGACAGACAUCCAGCAGCCUGUGUUGAAUGAGAAAACCAUCAACCAGGUGACUCUUCUCGGCCGAGUCGGAAGCGAUCCGCAAAAGAGAGGCAACGAAGAGCACCCUGUUGUCAUCUUCAGCCUCGCCACUCACUUAAAUUACAAACAGGCCUCGUCAGGUCUCAAUGUUCAAAAGCCCGAGUGGCAUCGCAUUUGCUGCUUCAAGCCCAAUCUGCGUGACUAUGCCUACCAGUAUGUGAAAAAGGGGCAGCGAGUCCACAUCACUGGCCGUCUCACCUACGGAGAAAUCACAGACUCGGAAGGAGUCUCUCGCACCACCACUGCCAUCAUUGCUGAGGACCUCAUCUUCCUUGGCUCGGGAAAUAACAAUAGGCAGUAAAUCUCCGUAGUGAUUCAAAUGGAUCAAGCAACAGUUCCUGAAAACUACUUUUCACUCUCUGGAAGAGUUAUUUUUUUUACCAUGAGAUUAGUUCCGAGCAUUUUGAUCUGUCAAUUAUUUAGUUCAAAACAACACACUCGUUGCAGCUUGUAAAGCAUCACACAAAAGCCCUUUGAUUGUUGUAUCACUUUGUGAUCAAGACGAAGCGCUGCCAUGCUGGUAUUUUAUAUCAAAAUAAGUUUUUCAAAAUGACAUCUCAUCACAUUUGAUUCAUUCAGUUGCAUUUUUUAUUUAUCUCUAGUGUUAUGACAAAUAUAAUAAAAAAAUGUCUGUAGUUUUAGUUCUGCUUAGUGACUCGUGUAGAAGAACAAUUCGGUCUUGUUAAGUACUUAAAAGGCAUUAAAGAAGCUAUUUCGUAUAAAAACCGUUUGUACUUUUUAAUAAAAUUUAUGAUAUAUUUCCAUUUCGGGUAUAUUAAAUGAGACAAGCAGUUGAAAUCUUUGCAAUUUUAUGUCUGUUUUUAAUUUUGAAACUGCAAGGAACACAGUGAGGAAUAAUACUCAUUUUAAUUUUAUGCAACUUCUCUGCAAGAUUCUCAACAUAAAAAGUCAAAUGAUCAUUUUGUUUAAACCAAGCCAUGAGAUCUUUAA